GCACGAAGCAGUCAGUCAUCUUGGAUCGCUGGAAUGCGUAGUCAUUCCGUAACACCUCAACUAGACGAGGACCUAUCCGGUUUUCAGUGAAGUCCUACAUCGUCAUUAUUGCUGAUUAUUUUCUCAGUAUUCAAGGUGGUAUUUCUAAUAUUCUGCCAUGGACAGGACUGCUGAACAACAGCAAAGCGUUGCACCAUCUGGAGAUGCCGUAGUGCCGUCUCGCGGGCGAAAAGAACGGUGGUACUUCACUCCGCAGGAGAUCAAUCAGAUUCCAAGCAUUCUUGAUGGUGGAAUUCAUCCUGAUAAGGAACUCUGGUCUCGUUAUCAGUGUGCAGAACUUUGCCAGAAUAUCGGACAAAAGCUGCAGCUCCUUCAGAUAGCCAUCAACACGGCUAUUCUGUAUAUGCAUCGAUUUUAUCAGUAUCAUUCUUUUACGAGAUUUCGCCCAUACACCAUGGCGCCUGUUUUUGUCUUUCUGGCUGCGAAAGUCGAAGAACAGCCACGUCGAUUGGAGCAUGUUGUGAAGCAGACGUAUCGAAUACUGAAUCCAGGAGAUCCAGUUGUGUUGCCAACUGACUCCGAGAAAUAUUCGGAGGAAAUGCAGAACGUAGUGACACACGAGAAUGUCCUAUUGCAGACUCUCGCCUUCGAUCUACGUGUCGAGCAUCCUCAUACCCAUGUGAUUCGUUGUUGCCAAUUGAUUCGCUGCGAAAAGGAAGUGUCUCACGCAGCAUACGCACUUGCCAGUGUCGCACUGCACUGCACGAAGGUGUGCAUUCAGUACAAGCCCGUUGAAGUGGCAUGUAUGUGCAUCGACGUGGCGUCCCGCUGGUCUAACGUGAAGAUUCCCUUAUCUACGGAAGGCCAAGCUUGGUACAGCUAUAUGGAUCCAUUGAUCACCGAAGACCAAAUCGGCAGAGUGGCCAAGGACUUCCUAGAUUCGGUUGACAGGUACUCUGAGCGUGUGCGCCAGAAAAUUUGGAAUCAGGUCCUGGGACAGGGCAAUACUCCAAUGGGGAUGAAAGCCCGCGGGAACGGUGUCAUGCCUCAGACUAAGCAUGAGACCACUGGCUCCACCAGUGCGAGUGUCCCGUCAGGAGGGCCUCAGCCGCCAGUCCCGGCUGGUCAUGACCCGGUGGUUGCCGGUCAGCCGACUGUGGGCCAAAUGGCCGGUGCUAGUCAAGGGACAGCAGCGAAAUUGCAGGGUCCAUCGCAUGGUGUGCCGUCAGUGCCAGGACAACCACGUCCUCCUAGUGCCUCUCGGCCACCGAUUCCAGCGCCUCCACCAGGGCAGCCACCGCAAAUUCCGCCCCCACCGCCACCGAUGAAGAUGGACGCUAGAUCACCUGCUCCCCCUCCUCCCCCGGGAGCCCCUCGAAUGCCGAAUGAUCACCGGAGGCCAAGUGGGCCAACUAAUCCCCCAACAAAGCCGCCUUUGGACGGCAAGCGGACUCGUGAUGGUGACAUUGUGCUUCCGCGCCCGAUCCCCGGUAGUGGUGGCUCAAAUGGACUUGCUCCUGGAUAUUACACGGGAGAUCUCCCGGAAAAUGCCUCGCUGAAAAGAAGAAAAGCGAACAUGUAGAUAUUACUCUUGUACAUUCGAACUUUGGACGGCGUUGUGUGUGCGCCUCGAAUCUGAUUAUUUUUUGGUGAUACUUUGGACAAUUUCAAAAUAAAAAUAGGUAUUUUACUGCGACUUUGACGUUUCGUAUAGCGUUGGGUUUCAUUUGCUGUCUUUUGUGGUACUUAUUGCUUUCUGACACAUUGCUGGGCUGUUGUUGUUACGGGACGAAAAGUCAAAAACCCAUGUUUUCUUUCGCAGUGUUCUUGUUUAUUUUUACUACUUGUAGUCUAGAUAGUGUGGUUAACGAAGAUCAAAAUGACCUUUUGUGUCUA